UCAGAGUAGCUCUAAACAUUUAUUUAAAAAGAAGUAUAAUUUGUUUUUUCAUAAUCAAAGAAUUCAUUUAAGAACUUCCUCCCAGGAAUCUGGGAAUUAAAAUCAAUAUUUCAUUAGUUUAUCCCCAAAUUCAGUCAUACAUCAGCAACACCUCGUUUCAAGGAACUGAGAGAAGAAACAGUCCCAAAUUCAGCCAAAUCGAUCAAAAUGCGUACUUGAUUUAUCUAGAAUUUUAUUUUGCCAGAAAACCCUCUUGGGGAUGAGAACAACAAUUUAUAUGAAACCUUUAUAAUUGCCAAAAGCAAAAUAUAAAAUUUCAGUUUUAAAUCUUUGAUUUAACUUAUCGUUAACAGAUGCACAGCGUAGGUUCUAAUAAUAAAGGUAACGUUGAAGGAAUGCUGGUAAAAGACCAAUUGUCUAGAAGAAUAGUAGCAAAGCAAUCAUUUACGAACCAGAUGAACAAAAAUACUCGAGUACUUGAAAGGACAAAUAUCAAACUCUUUACUAAACUCUAAAACAAGCACAAUAGCACAAUCUAGUUGAAAAUUAUGCAACUUGAACAUGAGAUCACCCCACCGAUUGAUCGCACAACUUUCACACGACACUCAAACGUGGACCACUAGUUUGACGUGUACUUCACCGGACCACUCUGAAGCCAUCUUGUAGAUACAAAAAAAAAAUUAGGAAUUCUCUCUGUUCUUGAAAAUAGAAUUUUCUAAAUUUAUUUUUUGUUUCAAAAUGAUAAAUUUUCUAAAAUUUUAAGGUAUUUUUAGUAGUUAAUGUUGAAAAAUUGUAUACUUUUAAGAAACAUUAAUUGAAAAAAAUUGAAUUGGUUGAACACUAUUGGUUGAUAUUUAUUGGAAAAUGUAUAGUAAAAUAAAUAAUAAAUUCAAUUGUAAAAACUUAAUUGUUUUCUUAAUAUGCGUGAAUACUCUAGAAAAUCUUUUUUUCGAGAACAGAGAGUAUCAUUUUGGCGGCUUAGAACUAUAUUUUCGUUUGAAAAUGGCAGGUUUGUAACCUUUACGACAAAUUAAUACUACACAACUUGGCCUCGAGAUCUAAAAUGGCCGAUAUAGUCAAUCUUCACAUGCGUGGCCGAUAUUUUUAGAGUUUCCACGUGCGAGAAUCAUGAGGUUUUUACUCUCACCGUCUCAUUGACAUUUAAAGGCUAGAAUCAUGCCCAGUUCAACACUUUAAAUAGAGUCCUUUAGAGGCUAACAGAAUCAUGCCCAGUUCAAUCACAUAUACAAUAUUUAUUUUCAUUUUCCUUUCUGUCGCAUAAGAAAGAAAGAAAAUGGAAUCUCGUGCCGUUUCGCCCGCCCGGAAACAACACGUAGUUUGCGUGCCUUACCCAGCGCAAGGCCAUAUCAACCCGAUGAUGAAAGUGGCUAAACUCCUCCACGCCAAAGGCUUCUAUGUUACCUUCGUCAACACUAUCUACAACCACAAGCGUCUCCUCCGGUCCCGUGGAUCCAACGCCCUAGACGGGCUUCCUUCCUUCCGGUUCGAGUCCAUCCCCGACGGUCUACCGGAGACUGACGUGGACGUCACACAGGAUAUCCCUUCCCUUUGCGAGUCCACCCCGAAGUAUAGUCUCGCACCGUUCAAGGAGCUUCUUCGACGGAUCAACGCCCAAGAUGAAGUCCCUCCAGUGAACUGUAUUGUAUCCGACGGCUGUAUGAGCUUUACUCUUGAUGCUGCUGAGGAGCUCGGUGUCCCGGAGGUUCUUUUCUGGACCACAAGUGCCUGUGGCUUCUUGGCUUACUUACACUACCAUAAGUUCAUCGAGAAAGGGUUAUCUCCACUCAAAGUGGAUUUGGCAGAUGAGAGUUACUUGACAAAGGAGCAUCUAGACACAAUUAUAGAUUGGAUUCCAUCGAUGAAGAACUUAAGACUAAAAGACAUCCCUAGCUUCGUCCGUACGACUAACCCUAACGACAUAAUGCUCAACUUCCUCGUUCGUGAGACCGAACGAGCCAAACGUGCUUCUGCUAUCAUUCUCAACACGUUCGACGAUCUCGAGCAUGACGUCAUCCAAUCCAUGCAAUCUAUUGUACCUCCGGUUUACUCCAUUGGACCGCUCCAUCUACAAGUGAAACAACAGAUCAGUGAGGAUAGUGAACUCGGACGAAUGGGAUCGAACCUGUGGAAAGAAGAGACGGAGUGUAUGGAUUGGCUAAAUACCAAAGCUCCAAACAGCGUUGUUUACGUUAACUUUGGGAGCAUAACUGUGAUGACAGCCAAGCAGCUUGUGGAGUUCGCUUGGGGUUUAGCAGCAACGGGAAAAGAGUUUUUGUGGGUGAUACGGCCGGACUUAGUAGCCGGUGAGGUAUCCAUGGUUCCACCUGAGUUUCUAACGGAGACGGCGGACCGGAGUAUGCUGGCGAGUUGGUGUCCUCAGGAGGAAGUCCUAUCUCAUCCGGCGGUAGGAGGGUUCUUAACACACUGUGGAUGGAACUCGACGCUUGAAAGUAUUUGCGGUGGAGUUCCAAUGGUGUGCUGGCCAUUUUUUGCUGAGCAGCAAACAAAUUGUAAGUUCUGUUGUGACGAGUGGGAGAUUGGUGUUGAGAUCGGUGGAGAUGUGAGGAGGGAGGAGGUUGAGGCGGUGGUUAGAGAGUUGAUGGAUGGAGAGAAGGGUAAGAAAAUGAGAGAGAAGGCGGCGGAGUGGCGGAGCUUGGCUGAGAAGGCGACGGAGUGUAAGCGUGGUUCGUCGGUUGUAAAUUUCGACAACGUUGUUAAGGUUCUUUUAGGGGAGUAAAUACUCUGCUAUUGGACUAUAUUGUUUUUAGUUUUUUUUUUUACUUUUCAUUCGUCUAUGAAUCAUGUCAUGAUAUCCUCCUCCUAUUAUCAAUUUGAGAUGACAAAUAAAUGGUACUUAAUCAACGGUAUGUGGACACACAUGCCCACAACUCUUGAGUUUGAACA